CAAUGCCAUGUAUUUCUACCCGAUAUAUAAAGCAUUACAAUUACAUGAAUAUCAUAGUGACACGGACGUUCACAGUUUCGUGGUCUGGCUUAAGUUCUGUUACGAAUCCUAGCAUUGAUUUUAGCUUAUGAACUCAUUUUUCCCACUUUAUCUUUUCUAUACAUAGUCUAACUUUCACCCCCGACGCAACAGCUGUCAACUGCAGCACUUUUACACUGUAAACUUUCAUUUACAGUGAAGACAAAUGCAAUAGAAAUUAUUUAUGAGGCUCAAGGUGGAGAAAAUUGCGAAACGGAUCGUACGCUCUUCGUAAUAAUAUUUCUUCAUUAGUAACUGAGAUGGGAUUGUUUGCUUUAAACUAAUUCAAGCUGAGUUCUGGUAAUUUUGAGUGAGCUAUACAUAAUUCAGAGGAAGCUAACGACCUACUGUGAACACCCUAAAGGAGUGUUUCACACGAGCGAAUCAGAAACGUUGUUACAUUAGCCGUUAACAAAAGUGACUGUUUGAUAUCUCUAGAAUAAAGGCUUGUCUAAAAACGCGGACCAGUUAGAUCGGCGAAGAAAAUCGUGUUGACAAUGAAACUUUUAUAGCGAGUCUGUUCAAUGGACUGGAACUUGCAGAGGGGCAAAAACUUGUCUGUACCCAGACUAAAACGGAGAAAAUAGAGUAGAGUUCGCUUCAUGUUGGCGAUGGAGUACAACUUGUGGAAAGACGCAGACAUUAAGCUUUACGGCUCGGAUGGAGAUGAACCCGUCAAGGACUGGAAAGGAAGUUUUAACAGUGAAGGAAUACAAGCGUGGAGAAUCACAGAAGAUGAUGUCGAAGAGUGGUGCUUAGCUAAGGAAGGGAAGUUUUUCAGCGAGGAAGUGUAUAUAGUGCUAAACUGUACCUAUCUUAAAACAUCAGCAACGACCGCUUACGAUAUUCACUGCUGGGUAGGAAAGCAAGCCUCUUCUAAGUUGUACAAAAGAGGUUUAUACAAUGCCAUCGCUUUGGAUGAUGCGAUGGACGGCAAAGCCCUUGUUCACCGAGAGGUACAGGACUACGAAUCGAAGCGUUUUAUGAAUUAUUUUGAGGCCUUUACUGUGUUAAAAGGAAAAUCAGACGAGAUGGUCGAUUGUGACUUGUCCUCUACCUACAAGGAGAGACUUCUCCGUGUGUCAAGACCAACAGCUGGCGGGAAAAUUUGCGUGCGAGAAACCGCACUGAAGAGAGGAGCAUUGGUCUCAAAUGAUGCUUUUAUACUUGACAGAGGAACGAAGAUUUUCCAGUGGUUUGGUAUGUUCACUGAUAAAGAUCCAUCAGAGAAAGGCUUAAGAUGCAAAGUCAAUAAUUAUGUCUCACAAAUGAAGGUGGAUCGAAAAGAGACAGGCAUUGCCGUGAGAGUUGUCGAUGAAGGCGAAAAAACAAAACAUGAUUCUAUGUACGAUGCGUUCCCGAAUGUUGCUAAGAAGCGUAAACCCUCAAGACAAGAGUCAUUUGUAUUUCUGGGACAAAAGAAGAUGAUGUUUAAAGUUAGCGUAAAAUCGGAUCCUCCGUUGGAAUUGGAAUUCAUACCAGUGGCAGAAGGAGCUGAUGUUUGUAGCAGUAAAAUGAAAUCUUCAGAAGUGAAUAUUGUUGACGUGCGGUUUGGGAGGAGGGAUGCAGAGGAUCAUUUGUUUAUCAGGAUUGGUGAUGACUGGAGUGGCGACAAAAAAAGCGGUCUGAUCUAUGGACACCAUUAUCUCAAGCAGUGUCCAGAGUUGGACCAACAUCCCACCAUCGCCAUCACUGUAGUCAAAGAAGACCAGCUAUCUACUCAACUAAAUUCCGCAAUAAACUCAUAGUUCAGUUUCAAUUGAGUCAUUUGAGGCAGCUUUGAGACAAUUCACCGAAACAGUAGUUAGUUUACAACAAAAUGGUCGAGGUUCAUGUCGCAUUCACUUAUAUACUGUAGUCCUGUCGGUUUCAGGUGUGCAUUUGAUUGUAUUGUAGCAAUAAUAGACCAAAUGUUACAAUAUUGUGCAAAGUUAGAUUAAAAUACAAUUGAAAACUAGUGAGGAUAAUAAAAGAAUUUAAACGCAAGAAUUUAUGUAUUAUGCAUUGUACAAGACUCAGUCAUAAACAUAAUGGCAGAAAGCGGCUGAGCACAACAGUUCAAGUGUGGCUGAAAAACAUAAAGUCUGGAACUUCUUUGAUCCCCAACCAUUUGUCAACGUACAAAUUCUCCUCGAUGAUAAAUCUAUGUAUUUUUUAUAGUACCAGUUGGAAUAAUUUGUUGAAAUAUCAAGACUAUUGUUCUUUUGGUCAUGACCUUUAAGCUUGUUUCGUGUUAGCAAUAAUAAUUGGACGGAGUGGAGUAACAUUCCGAGGGGAAAAUGGAUUUAUAGAAUUUCAAACCUUUCGUCCAGUUUUUAACAAGCUCAACAAACAAUUGUUGCAACUGUUUAUUUGGAAGGACCAAACAUUGAAAAAAAGGGAAACAAAUUUAAACAAAUACAUAGCCUGAAAUAAAAAUUCAUGUUUGCACUAAA